AAGAAAAUGUAAACAAUUUAAUUGAUUUACAUUAAAAUAAGAAAAAAAAAAUGUGUGAAAUAAUAAAAGGCCAACGCAGAACAUUUCGCGAUCAAGAUCCUCCACGAAUAUGCAAUAAAAGUAAUGAUAAUUUGAAAAACGAACUCGAAUAUUGUGAAACGAUUUCUAAUUCGCCAACGAUCCUUCAACGAGUAUCCAGUUUUGAAAAGUGCUUCAGUGAAUCUGAAUAUCACGAGAAGGAUCAGCAGAAUCAGAAGAAAGAGAAAGCAAAUCUAAUCACACAGGAAAGUACUUCAUCUGAUUCUAUUCAAGAUUCAAAUAGCUGUUUCAAGAUACCUAAGACGAGUGAACAACCGGAUUUUCCAAAUGAGACAAACUCGGAGAACUUCAUCAAGGAGCUCUCCGAUAAAGUGCCUUCUAACAGUCAUCACGAUAAUGAGGUGAUCAAUAACGGACUGAGGAGCGAUACUGACAGCUGCGACGGUUUAACAAACGGACGAAAGAUGGCACCAGUGUUGGGUGUACCACCUCCUCCACCACCUGCUCCUCACAUGGGACCAGAUGGAUUGAUCUUGCCGAGAAAACCGUAUAAUCCUUACCUUUCAUCCACGAAUCACAAGGAUCUUCGAAGGGAAUUAUUAUUCAAUCAGAAAGUUGGCAAAAACGUGCUGAAUCAAAAAAGCGAGCUUCAACGAGCGCUCGAGAAACAGAGGGAAGCUGCCUCGAGGAGAGAAGCUGAAAGAAAUCGAGAGGAGAACUACAAAGACGAUCCCCGAACUGCCUUACAAAGAGCAAUCGAGCAAAGGGCAAAGCAUAUUGAAAUGGCACUGGAACAAUCCCAACCGACGGAGCCACCGAGCAAUCUUUUAAUAACAGCGAGAGCAAAACUAAGACCGCGCGCAGAUUCACAAUGAAGUUAUGUAAAAACAAAGAAAAAAAGAAAGAUUGAUUUGUGAAAUACGAUAAAUUUAAUAUCGUAUGGGUUAGCGAUAAUCGAAAUAUUACGUCGCAACUCUUGAGCCAAACUUUUUUUGAUCAUAUUUUCUAAUUUGACUAUGUACAUAUACUACAUUUACUCCGAUAAGAAUUCAUUAAAAACAAAAUAAAGUUGUAUAAUUAAUUAAAAAUUAUUGUGAUGUGACGUGUUAAAUAUUAGAAAAACAGAAAAUAAGAAA